AUGGCCAUCUCCGACAAGGAACAGGUUGAUGACCGCUCCUCUGAGAGGGUCGAAGAUGCUGGCCCAGGCACCAUCCAUGAUGCCGCUGGCCAUGGCCAUGCAGCCACUGACAUUUAUGGCAACUCGACUGUCCAGUUCGAUCCCGCUGCUGAGAGUAGGCUGAGGUGGAAGUUGGAUCUGUACACGGUCCCAACUGUGGCCGUCCUCUAUCUGUUUUGCUUCAUCGAUCGUGCCAACAUCGGUAACGCACGCAUCGCUGGCCUCGACGAGGACCUCAACUUGCAAGGCUACGACUACAACAAGGUCCUCUCCGUCUUCUACAUUUCAUACAUCCUCUUCGAGAUUCCCGCCACCAUCAUGUGCAAGUGGAUAGGCCCUGGCUGGUUCCUACCUGCCACCUCGCUCCUCUUCGGUGCCGCCAGUAUUGCCACUGCCUUUGUUCAUACCCAGGCCGCUAUCUGCGGUGUCCGGUUUUUGCUGGGCAUCUUCGAGGCUGGUAUGCUUCCCGGCAUUGCCUAUUACCUGUCUCGAUGGUAUAAGCGUGCCGAAUUAACAUUCCGCCUAUCGCUGUACAUGGUCAUGGCCCCCUUGGCUGGAGCCUUCGGUGGUCUCCUGGCCAGUGCCAUCCUCAAGCUUGAUCACUUUGGUAGCCUCCACAACUGGCGCAUGAUCUUUGCCAUUGAGGGAAUCGUCACUGUCGGACUGAGCCUGGUUGCCUUUUUCUCUCUGACUGACCGUCCCGAAACGGCAUGGUGGUUGACUCAGGAGGAAAAGGAGCUCUGCAUUGCACGUGUCAAGUCGGAGCGUCUGGGUCAGACUGAAGUUGUCGACGGCAUUGACCGCACCAAGCUGAUCCGUGGCAUGUCCAACCCUCUUGUCGUCCAAAUCGCCGUCAUCUUCCUCUUCAACAACAUCACCGUCCAGGGCCUUGCCUUUUUCCUACCCACCAUUGUCGGCACAAUCUACCCCGAGUACACUGUUGUCCAGAAGCAGCUGCACAGCGUGCCCCCCUAUGCAGUCGGCGCCUUCUUCGCGGUUGCGUUCCCUGCCGUCAGUUGGUACUUGGACCGUCGCCAGAUUCUCAUUAUCCUUACCGCACCGAUGGUCAUGGUGGGCUAUUCCAUGUUCCUUGGGACAGAUGACGCGAAUGCCCGAUAUGCGGCGUGCUUCCUUAUUGCAAGCACAUGUACCGUUCUGGGAACGUUGACGAAUGCCCACAUCAGCGCCAACGUUGUUAGCGAUACUGCGCGUAGUAGUGCCAUUGGUCUGAAUGUCAUGUUUGGUAACGUCGGUGGUCUCAUCUCUACCUGGGCCUUCCCCGUGACCGAUGCUCCUAAGUACCGCAUCGGAAACGGUCUUAACCUGGGGUGUGCGACAGCGAUUCUGGUUGUUAGCACCUUCGGGUACUUCUGGAUGAACGCAGACAACAAGAAGCGAGAUGGACGGAAUGUGGAAGAAGAGUUGGCGGGAAUGAGCCCAGAGGAGGCGCGAGAGCUUGAUUGGAAGCACCCAGCCUUCAGGUGGCGACCUUAG